AUGACGGCCGUGCUUGUCUCGCUCUUGGACGGGGCUGGGGGCUGCAGGCGGCCGGGUCUGUGGCGAGGCGAGGAGGAGGAGGAGGAGGAGGAAGGGGGGGUUCGGCUGAGGUCUCGCCGGCCUGAGGUCCAGGUUACCGGCUCUGUGGGCCGUAACCCCUGUGUCUCUCUCUGUGUCUCAGACGAGGAGCUGGAAGACAACCCCAAUCAGAGUGACCUGAUAGAGCAGGCGGCGGAGAUGCUGUACGGGCUGAUCCACGCUCGGUACAUCCUCACCAACCGCGGGAUCGCUCAGAUGCUGGAGAAGUACCAGCAGGGAGACUUCGGCUACUGCCCCCGGGUCUACUGUGAGAACCAGCCCAUGCUGCCCAUCGGUCUGUCGGACAUCCCCGGGGAGGCCAUGGUGAAGCUGUACUGCCCCAAGUGCAUGGACGUCUACACCCCCAAGUCGUCCCGGCACCACCACACCGACGGCGCCUACUUCGGCACCGGCUUCCCCCACAUGCUCUUCAUGGUGCACCCCGAGUACCGGCCCAAGAGGCCCGCCAACCAGUUCGUGCCCCGGCUGUACGGCUUCAAGAUCCACCCCAUGGCCUACCAGCUCCAGCUGCAGGCGGCCAGCAGCUUCAAGAGCCCGGUCAAGGCCAUCCGCUAGGGCAGGGCGCCGCCCCGCGGGCCGGAGGGGGGGCCGCACAGGAGGGGAGGGGGCGAGUAAAGAGACAGGCGGGCGCAUCACCUCUGACGGAGACUCCCUCUCCCUCUCCCCACCCCCAGCGUCUUUCUCUCU